AUGACUACGUGUCCCACAAGGCUGACCAGUCCGAGUACCAGUGCGAAUCACGUAAGAGCAGCGAACAGCACUAAGAGACCCUCCACUCUGAGCGUACCACUCACGAAGCUGGCGAGGCGUGAGAGACACGCGAGAGGGUCGCGGGAGCUGCAUCUGGCCGUCACCACGAGUAGAAGCAGCAGGAGUGGUAGUAGGAGUAGCGUCGCCACCCCUACAGCCCCAACCAGCGUACCACUCACGCAGCUGCUGCGGCGUGAGGGACUCACGCCGGCGUCGCUGGGGCUGCAUUUGGCUCCGCAAGGCGGCUCGGCAGCAACUGCAGCUCAGCAACUCAGCGACCCGGCGGCUCGGCGGUGGGGCGGCUCGGCUGCUGCAGUGGGAGAUGAAGGAGGAGGAGAAGCAGGGGAGGCCACACACCUGCCACCGCAAGCGGCCCCCUCAGGUCGCCUCGACAGGCGACGGGAAAAGGGGGGGGUGGGUGGUGGGGGGCCGGUAGGUGCAGCGGCGGGGCCAGCAGGUGCAGUUGCGGGGCCGGUAGAAGGGGACGGCAGGAGCCGUCAGGAGGGGACGGCGGGCCGUCAGGAAGGGACGGCGGGGCCGUCACGAAGGGACGGCGGGGGCCGUCAGGAGGUGACCGGGCCGCGACGGGGGCAGGCGGCGGGGCCGCGUAAGGGCCUGGGCGGGGCCGCGACAGAGCCGUCGGCGGGGCCGCGUGAAAGCCGGGCGGGGCCCGCGUAG